GCCAGACGAGAGAAGUAUUUCCAGAAUAGUGAAAAUCACUUGAGCACGGGUUUAAGCAGCAUAUUGUGUGGUCCCACAAAUAAUACGUGCAAUGCAAUUGCUAAUCAUUGUUAUAUAGGAGGUCAAGGAGGAUUUGAUGCGCUCUGUAAAGAAAUUUAUAAAUUAAAUCUUGAUUACAAAUUUUAUAGACGCCGCCAUAUUGUCGCUGACGUCACAAUCUCAAUGCAUUCUGCGCAGACUCGAAUACUGUGAGAAAAACAAAAUAUAAAAUAUCAUGGUGACGGUGAAGUGCUUAUCUUUCCUUAUUUCUUGUUCGUUUUUUGCGAAAAUGUUGACAGCAGAGUGUUUUUCUUUGUCUCAAAUACGCUCAUGAAACAUACAGGAGUCAGGCGGAAUAAAGGUCGCGGAAAAAAGAAGAAAAAGACUCGACGGACUAAACAAUACAAAUUGUUGUGUUGACCGAGGUGUUGACAUUGUUCGGGUAAAAUAUUGUUAUAUUCGCUGUUGUAAAACUUGAUGACUCUGUCAUAAGAUGAUGUUAUGUUUUUGUUCAUUUUGAAGGCUAAUACUAUCCGUCUUGUUGAACAUUAUAGUUUAAUAAGAUAGGGUUGGAAUAGACCGUGGGGAAAUGCCUAAGAUUGAACAGAAUAGGUGGUCGUGCAAGCACUGUACGUACGAUAAUUUUCCUGCUUCUACAAAAUGUGCCUUGUGUAUGUGCAAGCGAGAAGAUGACGAUUUAGAUCAGAAUUUAAACGACUGUAUUCAAGAAGAAAGCGUUCCUGAGAGUGACAAAAAUAAAUGUUCUGAAACUGCUGACCAAGUUGAUUUGCUUCAAGGCCGUUGGGCUUGCUUGUCUUGUACUUAUCUAAAUUGGGAAAACUCUGUGAAAUGUGUAAUGUGUACGAAUGAAAGGCCAAAUGACUUUGUACCUCGGUCUGAGACCAUAGAUUCAUUGGCAAAAAAUCAGCCUGAGAAGCAUGAUGAUCUGACUGUGAACAACAAUGAGAAAAACAAAUCAAUUUCUAAGAAUAAACAGAAAUGGACAUGCCCACAGUGUACAUUUGAAAACUGGAACCAAUCAAAAAAAUGUUCUUUAUGUUGCUGUCAAAAACCAAAGCCUGAUGAAUCUGUGAUUUUGAACACAAAAAACUCGCAGAAUGUUUUAAAUUUGAAAAAGAGCGGACGUCAGAGAGCCAGACCUAUGAAAGGUAAAUCUGUUGCAGCUGCUAUUCAACCAAUCACAAGCGAGGAUGAAGAACAGUUGAUCUAUGGACUAUCUGCAACAAGCAUAUCGGCUGUUUCACAAAUAAAGAACAAUUUAAAGGAAUCUGAUUGGAUGUGGCUAAGUGCUUGUAUCGGAGUGGUUGAAGGGGAACCAUCAUCUGUCAAGAUGUUUCUUUCGUCUGGUGGUAGUGCAGCUCGAAAGUUGACAUCUGAUGAAGUUUUAGUUUUAAAUCGUCCUGGUGUGUUUGAAGUUGGGGACACCUUGGUUCAUUUGGCGAUACGAUAUCAUCAAGAUGAUCUUCUUACGAUAAUGGUACCACAUGAGGUAUCAAGGAAGACAUUUAAACGGAUGCCGUGCCAUGUUAGCCCAGAUCUUGCAGCAAGUGUUCGGAAACAGGCAGCACAAGGUUUAAGGCAAAGGAAAGGAGACUGGCCAUGUUAUUUCUAUACAGAUUUAGUUACAUUCACUUUGCCUGGUGGUAAGAAAUUAUCAUUUUAUUGUGUUUUAUGUUAUCAAUUAUAUGAAGGCACAGUGGGUCAUUCUAGAAAAAGUUGAAGCCUCCCCCACAGAGAAAAUUAAAAGUUUACCUCUUUCAAACAUCCUAGUACAUUCUAUUACCAGAAGUAGAUUCCCUCCUCUUGAUGGUGUUGGAAAAAUGAUGUUGGGAAAAUACAUGAAAUUCUAUAUUAAUUAAAUUGAUAAAACUGAAAUUUCAUAGUCUACAUCACAUUUGAAAAAAUUCUCUUGUCCAAAUUAUUUUUUAAAGACCAUGUAAAGUCCGUUCUGCGCAUACGUUCUGCGCAGGCUUACAUUCCAAAUUAUGGUCGGGACCCGACCGUUGGAAUGUUUUUAAUAUUUUGUAUCUUUUGAACUUUCUUGAAUUGAAUCUCUAGUCUGUAUUCAUUUACAAGCAUAGCGAACCAGAAGAGUGUUAAAAAUUCAGUAUAAUGUGUAUCUAAUCAUAUUUUACAACUGUAGCACUGAGUUCAAAGCGUUUGUUUACAUUACAGACUUUACAUGGUCUUUAAGGGUUAACAAUUUAUGCAUUUUUAUUGUUUAUGUAAGAACUACAAGACUUUCCUGGUGCAGUUCAGCAAUAUGCCCUUGAUGAGGUUGUGGACCAAAAUGUUCAGCGAGGUUUGUAGACCUCUUUGUAUCAGGUCAUGUUAAGCCACCCACUGUAUUACUGCAGACAAGACUACAUUUUGAUUCAAAUUCCUAUUUGAUUAAAUUGCUUAUUGAGAAUGUUUUAUUAAUAAUUAGUUUUAGAAGUGGAAUCGAUUAUCAAUUGGAGUAUGGAAAUAACAAAUCAGUUUGACAGUCGUGUGUAUGCAUUGUGGAACAGAUCCGCUGGUGAUUGUCUGUUAGACUCAAUAUGUCAGGCGACAUGGGGGAUAUUUGAUCGUGAAAAUGCUUUGAGGAAUGCAUUGUAUGUCAGUUUGAGUGAAGGUGCUUCAAGGUAUGAACUCAACUUCCUUUAUAAAUAUCACAUUAUAUUGAAGGUCAUUGUUGCAAGUUGUUGUGUUUGUAUAAGGUCAAAUAAGCUAAAUACUUGCAUGUUAAUUAAGUUUAUUUUCUAAAGAAUAUUCACAUACUGUGCACAAGAAAAGAGGAAGAGAAAAAAAUGAUCUCAGUGAGUAUUUUUGUCCGCCAUGCAGGUUUUUUCCUCGUUGGAAGGAGUGGGAAGAAAUGCAAGCAACCAACAUGCAGUUCACAUUGGAUGAAGAUCAGUGGGAACAGGACUGGGCAUCAGUCCUUUCUCUUGCCAGCCAACCUGGGGCUUCGUUAGAGCAGAUGCAUGUGUUCGCCUUGGCUCAUAUUAUCCGUAGACCUAUCAUCAUUUAUGGUGUGAAGUUUGUGAGGAGUUUUCGAGGCGAGACCUUGGGACUGGCACGAUUUCAAGGUAGGUUGUGGACUGGUUAUCAGACUUUUGCUUCGACAUUGUGGACAGUUGUGAGGUCUGACUGAUCUAGAUACCCAUAAGUUACCAAGCAUAAGUUUGAGAAAUAAACUGAUGUGAUUUGGACUUUUAAGGUGUAUAUUUGCCCUUGUUGUGGGAGAAAAGUUUCUGUUGGAAAAGUCCAAUUGUUCUUGGCUACACAAGAGGACAUUUCUCGGCACUCGUUGCUAUGGAGACUGAACAACAUGGUGCUGGCGGUGCUGGUGCUCAUAUAGAUAACAGCGAUGAAAGUCACAUGACAUAUUUACCGCUGGUUGAUCAUGAAUGCAACCCGCUACCAGUGCAUUUUCUUAAUGGAGCUGAGGUAGGUACAUAUUUCAUACACAAGUUUAUUAAUAUCAUUUUAUAGUUUAACAGGUCCUUCAUUGAAAGCAGGCGAUAUAGCCUGACGAAGUAAACCUGUAUAAAUAUGUCAAUUAAUAAUAAUAAUAAACAAAACAAUGGUCUAUUCACCCUGUGGUUCACCAAAAUUCUCGCGGUUCUCGUUUGACAAGUGAAAGGUCAGGCGAAUUUCACCAGCCUAAAAUGAAAACCCCUGUCCUAUGCCCACUGCCCAAUUUCCCGUGCUGAAUUUCCUCAGUGAAUUUGCUUCGUAUUUCAUUGACAGUUUGUAUUAUUUAGCUUGGAAACGAGGAUCAAUUACUUCGUGAAUGGUUGGACUGCCACAUGACGAACGCUGGUAUAUUGGUGGCUGAACAACAAGCAACACCGAGAUCUGCACUGGUGAGUCAGUUAAUGGACGAAUGGUUGGAUAGGUAUAGGAAAAUGAACAAAAAACAAAGAGAUGGUAACGGAAAGACGUAAAUAAAGAGAGUUUUUGACUGCCUAGGAUUUUUUCAUUACAAUACAUGGAUUUACGUCUAUAAAGUAACCCUUUUUUGUGUGUUGUCGAGGUGGUAUCUGUUAGGUUGGUACACUCAGUUCAAUAGGCUGUUUAUCCAAUGUACCAACACUAAUCCCAAAUUUGAUUUGUAUAUGUGUAAUAUUUGGGUCGCUCUAAAAAAGCUCGUCUUGAUCAACUUUUUACUGUUAAAAUUUCUGGAAAUGAUGUCUAGGUGAAUGUUAGCAGUGAAAAACGAAUUUAGAAUUAAUCUAGUGACGUCAUAUCCUGCAACUUGAACCAAAAUAUUACACAUACCUAAGGUCGUAUCUGAGAUUAGUGGCAAUGUUAGAAUGUCAUGGCAAAGGAUAUUCUAUAUGAAGUUGGCGUGUUAUGUAACUGCGACCGAAUAUGAUGUUGGACAGUAACUAUUACUAUUAGGUUUAUUGUGUAUAUAAAUAUCCUGUAAAUAUCGAUCAAUCAUAUUUAGGUUUGUAGUUUAAAUAUUAAAACUUGUAGGAAAGUAUUUUAUAUCCAUUAUGAUCAAGUUGUAACUUCUUGUGGCCUCGAUAUAAAGUCCGUUUUCCACUACGCGAACUUUUUCUUUUUUCGGCAUCGCUCCUGCUGACGUGAUAAUGCUGACAAAUGAAGAAUUGGAAAACUUUGCGCGAAUGAAUUCGCCUAGUGGAAACAGGCGUUUGAACGUCCGAUCCGUAAAUUGUAAAUGCACCGCUCAUUUGGAUUUCAAAGUUAGCAGAACAUCGCAGCCUCCUGGUAUUUUUUACUCCCCCAUCCUUUGUCAAGGACCAUUGGUAGUUUAGCCAAUUGAUGUUACCAUCCUCUACUUGACCUCUUGGUUGCGUUAAAUGACAUCUACAGAAAGAACACGUAAUUCAUAUUGCAAUGUAUUAUCACAAAUCUCCAAAUAGAAGCCGCCCACCGUAUAUAUACAUUUAUCAUGAGUUUACCUAUACAGUACCUUACCAUAUUUCUAGUCGUCCCAGAAAAUGAUCUAGACCUGUUUAAUGCCGGUGGUGCAAUGACAGGUUUAACUUUCUCUGGUAUGAGAUUAGUACCUCGAGUUAAACUUCCCGGACACCAUGCCCUAA